GUGAGUAGGAGAGGGGGGGUUGGAUGCUCGUUUCAGCACCGAGGACAGCUCCCGGUAAAAGCAGCGAGCAGCAGCGGGUCGGUGCUCUCCCUUGCACCGUAAAAGGAGGAACAAUCUAGAUUUUUUUGUUACACCUCUAAGAAAUAAGACUUCUGAAGGGGUGACUUCGGAUCGGGCGACAUAUUUCCAGUGACAGGCUACAGACAAAACGAUAACAGGACUCCCGAGGGUUGAAGGCAAUCUCUGCGAAGUUUCUCGCCACUGAAAGGCAUCCUGCUUCCUCCCACAGCCCGGAAAAAACUGCCGGUGUUCAGGGGAAGUUGAGGAGAAAGUGACACCACGAACUACUGUUUGGACUAUAUCCUAAAAUAAGUUGUUGGACUUUUUCUCGCGUUUUCCCUGUUCUAUUUUGCUUUUUUUCUGGUUGUGUGUGUGCAAAAGGAUUGUUGGAAAUUACUAUCAAAAAGGCAAGCUUCUUACAGCUCGCUCCGGCCCCCCACCCCGUGUAAUUGUCUAACAUUAGCCACUGGUUUGAGGCUUUGAUGUGCCCAGAUACAUUUCUCCUCUCUCGCUGCACUGAAUCCUCCCUCCUCCAAGCCACCCAUCUCAGCCUUUUCAUUUAACAUUCACAGAGGAACGCCCCGGACUGCAAUCUUCCCCCCAUUUUCGAAAACUGCUAAAGACUGGUAGGUGAUCAAGGCCAUGGAUCGAUGAAAAAUGCUUAUUCGGUUUGUAGUGGGAUGAAGUUGGAGGGUCUGCAUAAACGCAGAAUAACCGAGGACAUCGUUUGGCAACUUUUAAAAUCUCGACCAGUCGCUUCUUUGCUGUAGAAAUAGGUGUAGCCUGCUCUGUUCAUGACGGAAACGAUGGCGCUGAGUGUAAACUGUAGGACUAACCCCAAAGAGCCCGCUUCAGUUCAGAACAGUUUCCCAGAUGUUGUUGAAUUAAACGUAGGGGGGCAGGUUUAUUACACACGUCACUCAACUUUGGUGGGCACCCCGAAUUCUUUACUUGGUAAGCUUUUCUCCUCCAAAAAAGAUGCAAGUAACGACUUGGCGAGAGAUCCUAAAGGCCGGUAUUUCAUCGACAGAGACGGGUUUUUAUUCCGCUAUGUGUUGGACUACCUCCGUGAUAAGCAAGUCGUCCUCCCGGACCAUUUCCCGGAGAAAGGGAGGCUCAGGAAAGAAGCGGAGUACUUCCAGCUGCCCGAUUUAGUGAAGCUCCUGACCCCUGAAGAUAUAAAGCAAAGCCUGGACGACUUCUGCCACAGUGACAAUGAAGACGGGUCCCAGGGCAGCGACCACCGGCAGUGCCCGUCGCCCUCUCUGGUCCCCGCGGACAGAAAGAGCGGUUUCAUCACGGUGGGUUACCGGGGGUCGUGCACCAUGGGCCGGGAGAGUCAAACUGACGCCAAGUUCCGGAGGGUGCCUCGGAUACUGAUAUGCGGAAGGGUGGCCCUCGCCAAAGAAGUUUUCGGGGAGACCCUGAACGAGAGCCGGGACCCGGACAGGACCCCGGAACGGUACACCUCCCGGUUUUACCUCAAGUUCAAGCACCUCGAGAGGUCUUUUGACAUGCUGUCGGAGUGUGGUUUCCAAAUGGUGGCCUGCAACUCGUCAGUCACAGCCUCGUUUGUCAACCAGCACACAGAGGACAAGAUCUGGUCCAGCUACACAGAAUACGUCUUCUACCGUGGUCAAUCUCGCUGGUCCUCCCCUCCCUGCGACUGUUGCUGCAAGAACCACAAGGGCGACGGCGAGGGCGAGAGCGGCACCUCCUUCAACGAGCUCUCCACCUCCAGCUCCGAGAGCCAGUCAGAGGCAAGCUCUCCCCAGGGAACGGUCAUCUGCGGGCCAGUCAGCCGCCAGUCACACCCCCGCACCACCGUCCAAACCCUGGACAGGCCACCAAAAAAGGGCCCCAUCGGCAUGGUUCAGCAGUCCGAGCAGCGGCGAAAGAGUGACUUGCUGCGCACGCUUACGGCGAGUUCCCGGGACACCAGCACCAGCAAGAAAAGGCCGGCGAAAGAAAAGCUGACGACCGAGGAGGAGCUGGAUAAGUGCAUUCAAGACUUCCGCAAGAUCAAGAUCCCGGAGCGGUUCCCCGAGAGGAAGUACAAUUGGCAAGCAGACCUGCUGAGAAAGUACCGCGUUUGAGCCAGGAUAGAGGGAGCAGACACACAAGGCCAAGGAUCAGUUUACAUGUUUUUUGAUCAUGACCUUUGCAACAAUAGGGAGAUAACACUAAACUCAUUUGAAUCCAGUUUCUGGGGGGAACUUGACCUUUAUGCCAGUGGGUUGAAAGUCUACACAAAAGCUAGCAAGAAGCAUCAAAACUAGACAGUUCUCUUAUUGACAUGUAGUGUGUGUGUGUGUGUGUGUGUGUGUGUGUGUGUGUGUGUGUGUGUGUGUGUGUGUGUGUGUGUGUGUGUGUGUGUGUGUGUGUGUGUGUGUGUGUGUGUGUGUGUGUGUGUGUGUGUGUGUAGUUUAGGUCUACUGUAUGUAGCCUACUGUAAGUAUGUGCUGUACCUUGCUGAAUGCUUCAGAGCUUUGAAUAAUGUAUCUCUAUGUACCAAGCCAAGUGGGUGAAAGACAUCUUCUAUGAACCGAUUAACGACCCGAAUGCUCACUAAUGGCUACAAUAGGGGUUACUGAGGGUCACUGGACUGCACAACUGUCAUCUGUCAUAAUUUGCAUGGAAAAUCAUAACAAGAGCCACAAUUUUAGUCCACAAAGACACUUGAUUAAGUAUGUGAAUGUGUGUGUUAAUAUGUGUCUGUUCGCACCCAGGUGGCCUAGAGGUCACAGAUAAAUCUACAUCAGGAGCCAUUAAUAAUUCAUGCUGUCCCGACAGUGCUCUCACUAUAAAUACACCCAGAGCUCUCUGCUGCUAUGGUGGCGUACACAGUUAGGUCAAUUACUUAGUUUUAAGGUAUAGCAUUUGAUGACUUCUGAGGCAGGAGGAGGUACAACUUCAUCAGCAGCCCAAUUCAUUUCCACUUCUAAUAUCAGUUAUAUUGCAAAUGCACCCCCAGUGAAAUGCACUACCCUUUAUUGCAUUGAUUAUGUUGGCGUGUUGGUUAGAUGGGGAGCAAUUACCAGAUUAAUGAGUGAAGGAUAUAGUGAAAGACUGAAUCAUUUAAUGUAAUGGUCAAACCUUGGAGAAAUGCAGAUCCAAUAAGAAAAUCCCUGAUUUAACACACCUAUACAUAGACACUUUUACAUUUAUAGCAUAGGGAUUUUGGCUAAUUUCUUCACCGUAAUGACACUCACUUAAUUCCCACAUAGAAAGCGAUUAAUCUUUGUCAAUAUCCUUGAAACGACAAAGGCUCGACUGAGUGUCGACACAGCGAUCGAUAGGUUUUGAUUUUAUGGUAGGGUUAGAGCUGAUAGAUCUUAUUUACAGUUAUUGAUUUAGCCUCUUGGUAACAAACAAAGACAAACUGGUCAUGUUUUUAGUGAAAAUUAGCCUUAAUUUAUGUAUGCAUUUAUGUCCUCCUGUCUCAGGGUCUGUGUGAUGUGUUAUAAUGUGGUAACAUGAACAAAAAUAGCAGAUAACUAUUUAAAAAUAGUACAAUUAAAAAUAUAUAUUUAAUUUGCUCAGUAUUAUUCAUUGAAGGCUCUUUUGAAACUAUACCGCAUGUUAAUGACCUUAUGAUUUUAAAAUGAUUUUAGCCUGUCAAAUUAAAUUAGUUAAAAACGUCAAAUGGCAAAAGCACACAGACAUUUAAUUAUGUUUUAAAUGUAACACAUUUAUUUUAAGAGUUAAGAUCAGUGACGUGCGGUGAGGUUCAUGGCUGGUGAGGCACUGACUCUUUCAGAGUCAGAUUUAAAAAUAUUAUAUUUUGACCUUAAUCGAAAUAUUCGGUUAUUUUCAAAAGCUUUUUUAGUCUGAUGCUUCGAUUCAUUUUAAACAGACCGUUCAAAAAACCCAAAAUCUAAA